AGAACAAAUUCUUAUUUUCAAUGACGGCCAAGGAACAGUGGGUAAACUGCCUGUUCAGGGGCAGAACGACAGAUUUGUACCUUGUCAACUCGGGGGUUUGAAAUUGCAACCUUCCGGUUACUAGUCCAACGCUCUAACCACUAGGCUACCUUGCCGCCCCUAUCAUGCCGGUAACAUAGAAUGUUAAAGAAGAAGACGCAAUGGGCACGUUCGUAGAUUCGCUCUGGCUAUCUGCUCCGAUCACUCCCGUCUGAGUCUGCAGCGAGCAGAAUAACUGAUUCAUUUACGAACGCACCCAACGUAAGAGACUUCCGAUUGCAUAGCAUGUUGGUACUUGUGUACACUGCUAAAUAAUAUAGAAGGGUUUUAGAGCCACCAGCAGUUAUUUUGUGUCAUUUCUUGAAAUUAUAUCGAUACUGCUACACUUCUAUAUGUACAAAACUAAUUGACGUGCUGAAAUUCAACAAACAUCGGUAUGGCGGAGGGUGUCGGUAACGCAGUGAAUCUUCCCCCCGGAGAUCCGCAGCUCAUCGGGCUCAUCGUGGAACAUCUCAAGAACCGAGGCCUGUUCGACGAGUUCCGAAGAGACUGCCUGGCAGAUGUGGAUACAAAGCCUGCCUACCAGAAUCUACGACAGAAAGUUGACAACUUCGUCUCUACUCAUUUGAACACUCAAGACUGGAACCCAUCAAUCAACAAAAAUCAAGUGCGAAAUGUGCUAAGACAAAGCGUCGUGCAGUCAGGCAUGCUGGAGUCCGGAGUGGACAGAAUCAUCACCCAGGUGGUGGAUCCCAAGCUUAACCACACCUUCAGGCCCCACAUUGAGGAAGCCAUUCACGACUUCCUGUCUGCUGAGAAGAAGGAGGAGGGUCCAUCCAACACUCCAUCAGAGACAGAACAGCAAGAUGCUCCAAGCCACACUGGACCCAAAACACCAUCGGAGAUCCAGCACUGUCUGGUGAAUGCUGGGGAUGUGGGCUGUGGCAUGUUCGAAUGCUUCAACAACAACUCCUGUGAAAUACGAGGCCUACAUGAGAUCUGCGUGACAUUUCUGCACAAUGCCGGCAAGUUUGACUCCAAGGGGAAGUCCUUCAUCAAGGAUGCCCUGAAGUGCAUGGCCCACAGCCUGAGGCACCGCUUCAGCUGUGUGAGCAGGAAGUGCCUGGCAGUGAAGGAGAUGAUGAUCCACCUGCAGAGAGAGUGCUACGUCAAACACAACCUUUGUUCCGCCAUCCAGGAGAACAUCAAUGUCAUGGUGGAGAUGAUCCACUUCCAGGACCUCUUCCCCAAAGGGACUCAUGUGGAGCUGGUGAACAUCCUGCUGGGUUGUGGUGAGGAGGUGAGGACAGCCAUAGCACAGAGAGUGAGGAUGCAGUGUGAGCAGAACUGGGGGGCCCUGUGUGACAGCCUGAGCCCGUGUUCCCUCGGUCGUUCAGAUGACCCCCAACACAUCACCGUCCCUCCCGCCUCUCUGCAUCCUGCUGGACAGCUCUUCCUCCCAGACAUUGAACAGGAGAAACCUAAGACGGGCCAGCUAGACAGGGGCUACCUCCACCCCUCUGUGAGUCUCAGUCAGGAGCCCCUGGACAACGCCACAGACCUUGGGCUCGCUGUGGCCAGUCAACCACCCAAUACCGCCAUCCAGGGGUGAAACGCUGAGUGCAAUGUCUUCAGCUUGUUGACACACAACAUAGCUGCCCCUAAGUCCUUUUCCCCCUCAAACAGCCCUACUACUGAUAACCUCAGUGGUUACAAACAAUGACAAAGGACAGGUAAUGGUCCUGUACCAUGCUCCUCCAUUCAUACUCUCCUAAAUUGUAAAGGUGACAGGGUAUGUUUGGUCAAA